AAUUGAAAAUCGUCACAGCAAAAUGGCUCAAAGUGUCAAACUACUGAAAAUUCGUAAUAAAGUUGUAAAAAACGCCGUAAAAAUAUUGUAAAAUCAUCAGAAAGGUGUUGAAAAAGUGAGCUUAGCCGUUAGUGUAUUGAAAAGUAGUGGAGUUCCAUUUGGAAAAGCAAAACCUGGCUUGGGAAGUGCAUUUUUAACUUGCGCUACCAGCAGUGUAGUAGUGGGCAAAACAUUGGCACCGUCAUUUAUUUUAACCAAUCAAAACGCCAUCUGUGUGUCAAGUUUGUGAUAAGCCGGGCACCAAAUUUGUUUUGAAAUAUUUUGCUUUUUUGUUGAGUUAGUGGAUUAGUGUUUUGAUUACGAUCAUGUCGAACGUAGUGCUACAAUUUGUUGCAGGCUUGAAAAGCCGGAACAAAGAUGCACAGAACAAAACGGCUCAGGAUUUGUCGCUCUAUGUUAAGACGGAACUGAGGGAGAUUCCGCAGGAUGAUUUGUUAGCCUUUUUCGAGGACUUCAAUCAGCAUAUUUUUGAAAUGCUGUCCAGUGCAGAUAUAAACGACAAAAAAGGUGGCGUUUUGGCCAUCAAUUGCCUUAUAAGUGGCGAUGUUGUCAACACUACGACUCAAAUAUCCAGAUAUUCCAAUAAUUUGAGAAAUUUGUUACCCUCGAGCGAUAUUUCUGUAAUGGAACUAGCGGCAAAGGUGUUGGUAAAGCUGGCGCUCUUACCUGGAUCCAAAGGUGCAGAAUCAUUUGAGUUUGAUAUUAAGCGUGCCUUCGAAUGGCUUAUGGAAGAACGCACUGAGGGAAAACGCCACGCCGCCGUAUUGGUGUUGCGCGAGUUGGCAGUGGCCAUGCCGACGUUCUUCUACCAACAGGUUGGAAGUUUUUUCGACCACAUAUUCGUUGCUAUAAAAGAUCCCAAACCGAUGAUCCGUGAAGGAGCUGGUCAAGCUCUGCGAGCUGUUUUGAUCGUCACUUCGCAGAGGGAAGGAACUAAACAGAAUAAUAACCCUCAGUGGUACAACCACUGCUAUGACAAUGCCAUGGACUGCUUUAAAGAGCUUCCUUCUCGCGAGAAAGGUUUUUACCGAGAUGAUCGUAUUCAUGGGGCAAUAAUUGUAUUCAACGAAAUUUUACGUUGCUCAAAUGCAUCCUGGGAGAGAAAGUACAUGCAGUUGGAAAGCUUGAACGCUGAUCGCAGGUCACGUCACGCAGAAGAAGGACAUAGCAUAUUCCCUAGGAUUCGUGUUCCUUUCAUGGAGAAGCUAAGUGGAGGUCACAAUUCGAGUUCUUCUCGUUGCAGUGAUGGCAGUGACGUCAAAUUCUUCCGCCAAAAUAGUUCAAUCCAGGAGUCAGUUAUUUGUCGUACACUGGUGACUGACAAUUACGAUCUUAUUUGUCAGAAAAUGCUGGAGCAGCGUAAUUCCAAAUCUUCUUAUGUGAUACAGUCAUUGCUUACUAUUUUACCAAGAUUGGCAGGAUUCAAUCGUACAGAAUUUGUUAAAAACCACUUGAAAACUGUGGUAAACUAUCUUAUUUUGACGAUGAAGAGUAAGGAAAAGGAACGAAACCAUGCUUUCGUUACGCUCGGUUACAUAGCAGUUGCGGUUAAGCACGACAUUGCGCCGUUCCGGAUCAGGAUUGUCGAAGUCGUCACGGCGGCUCUACCUCCCAAGGAAACUCCUAGCAAGAAGAAAGUGUGCGUCGAUCCGUCGGUGUUUAUGUGCAUCACUCUUUUGGGUCAUGCUUUAAAAAGUGCAAUUACAACCGAUGUCAAGGGUUGGAUCCUUCCGAUGCUCUCAACGGGAUUAAGUACCGGGCUUACGGUUUGCCUGCACGAGUUAAGUGAAAAUAUUCCCCAGCUAAGGCAGGAAAUAUCCAGCGGAUUGUUGAAAAUUUUAUCCUGCGUGCUUAUGAACAAGCCGCUUCCUCAGUUCAUACCCGGUCGACCACAAGGUGCAAUGAAUACAAGUUUGUUUGAGCAACAAAUUCAAGACACUCCCACCACAGUGUUGGCUCUCCGUACUCUUGGGACGUUUAAUUUCGAAGGACACAGCUUGCUGCCGUUUGUGCAGCGCUGUGCUGAUUACUUCCUGCUCAGUGAACAGCAGGAAAUUCGAAUCGAAGCGGUGCAGACAUGCACUCUGUUGCUUAAAUUAGCUCUGCAGUCAGUCGAUUCCACCGACGGGUCAGAAACGCUGACCCAAACUGUUGGUAGUGUCCUGGAGACGAUUCUAAUGGUGGGAAUCACCGAUGUCGAUCCAAAUGUGCGCCUGAGAGUACUGAAAUCCUUGGACGAUAGCUUCGAUUCGCAGCUGGCUCAACCUUGGUUUUUGAGUUCGCUUUUAAUCACGAUGUACGAUGAAGUUUUCGAGAUAAGAGAAUUGGCGAUCAUCAUAAUUGGAAGACUGUCAUCCAUCAAUCCGGCAUAUGUGAUGCCAAGUUUGCGAAGAACAAUGGUGCAAAUAUUGACGGAAUUGGAGCAUUCCGGUAUGAGUAGAAAUAAAGAGCAGAGCGCCAGGAUGUUGGAUCAUUUGAUCGUCAGUACGCCGAAGCUGAUAUCUUCCUAUAUGAGACCGAUCUUGUCCAUUCUAGUACCAAAGUUAAAAGAGCCGGAAUCUAAUCCUGGGGUUGUGUUGAACGUGUUAAGAGCAAUAGGCGACCUUGCUGAGGUGAAUGGAGGGCAAAAAGUUCUGGAGAAAUGGUCCGAUGAGUUGCUUUCUACACUGUUGGAAAUGCUUAGCGAUGCCGGAUCGACUGAGAAAAGAGGAGUGGCUUUAUGGACUCUUGGCCAAUUAGUCAGCGCCACAGGACAAGCAGUCAAGCCAUACCACAAAUAUCCUAAUUUAAUAGAUAUAUUGAUUAACUUCUUGAAAACCGAGCAACAACCGUAUGUUAGACGGGAAACAAUCAGAGUACUUGGACUGCUUGGAGCUUUGGAUCCAUAUAAGCACAAAAUGAACCGUGGCCUGAUCGACAGCCAAACAGACAACAUACUUAUUUCAAUUUCCGAUACUAAAACGGACGAGUACACUGAUCUGUCCACCUCGGAAAUGUUGAUAAACAUGAAUAAUCAACUGGAAGAGUACUAUCCGGCAGUGGCUAUUUCAACGUUGAUGAAAAUCCUUCGUGAUCCCACAUUGUCCUCACACCACAUCAGUGUUGUACAAGCGAUUACCUUCAUCUUCAAAAGUCUUGGCAUCAAGUGUGUUCCGUACUUGUCACAAGUUUUACCCAGCCUUCUCGGAAAUAUUCGUAAUGCCGAAAUGAAUCUAAAGGAGUUCCUGUUCCAGCAGCUUUCAGUUCUGAUCGAGAUAGUUAAGCAGCACAUCAUUAGCUUCAUGGAAGAAAUCUUUCAACUAAUUAAGACAUUUUGGAAUAGCAUCUAUCCUCUGCAACCAACUCUUAUCAACUUGGUGGAAAAAAUUGCUAUCGCUCUGGGAUGUGAAUUUAAAAUCUAUCUCCCUCAACUAAUGCCCCAGAUAUUGCGGGUUCUACUCCUCGACACAUCUACAAACAGAAUCGUUACCGUCAAGCUUCUAACCGCACUGCAAAAAUUCGGAAACAACCUGGACGACUAUCUUCAUCUCAUCAUCCCAGCCAUCGUCAAAUUGUUCGAACCAAUCGAAGUUCCCUACCAAGUAUCCCUCGCAGCACUGGAAACCAUCAACUAUCUGGCGGAAAUCCUUGAUUUCACCGAUUUCUCUUCGCGUAUAAUACACCCGCUGGUACGCGUCCUUGACAACCAUCCAGGGCAGCUGCAAACAGCAGCGCUACAAACACUUUGCUCAAUAAUGAUCCAAUUAGGCAAGAAAUAUCUUGUUUUCGUUCCUCUAGUCAACCGCGUCAUGAUCCGACACAAAAUAUCCUACACCGAGUACAACAAACUACUCUCCAAGUUGCAGAGCCAAAGCACCCUUGCGCUGGACGACGAAUUCCGCCUUCGUCAAGCUCGUUUCAAAAACCGCGAAAUGUCCCUCGCUGGAGACACUACGAUCCGUAAGCUGAAUGUCUCGACGGCUGAUCUACAGCUGGCCUUCAAAGCCAAUCGUCGUGUGUCGCGUGACGAUUGGCUCGAGUGGCUCCGUCGGUUGAGCAUUGGCUUGCUCAAAGAAUCCAAGAGCCCAGCGCUACGAUCCUGUCGUACACUCGCUCAAAAUUAUCCACAACUAUUAAAAGACUUGUUCAACGCUGCAUUCGUUAGUUGUUGGACGGAUUUGCCCGAUAGUCUCAAAGAGGAACUGUCGUCCAGCUUACGACAGGCACUGAUGAUCCCAGACCUUCCGGAGAUUACGCAGACCAUACUGAACUUGGCCGAAUUCAUGGAGCACUGCGAAAAUGACGCACUGAGGAUUGAUCCGAAAAUUUUAGGGAUACGUGCAAUGGAAUGCCGAGCUUAUGCCAAGGCAUUGCAUUACAAGGAGGAAGAAUUCCUUAACAUGAAAGAUCCGAAUCAAAGCGUGUUUGAAUCGUUGAUCCUAAUCAACAACAAACUACAGCAAAAGGAGGCUGCUGAAGGUCUGCUGGAGUAUGCAAUGGAACACAGAAGCUCUUCCGAAGAGAUGAAGGUUCAAGUUAGGUGGUAUGAAAAGUUGCACAGCUGGGAGAAAGCGUUGAACCUGUAUCAGGAGAAAUUGGAUAGCAACCCCAGCGAUUUAGAAUCCAGGCUGGGACAAUGGCGAUGUUUGGAAGCUCUAGGAGAAUGGUCAACAUUGAACACACUAACCAAAGACACGUGGGAAUCGUUGGGAAAAGUGGGGCAGAUCAAAGCUGGUAGACUCGCAGCAGCUGCCGCUUGGGGCUUGAAGGAUUGGAAAGGAAUGCAGGAGUUUGUCAAGUUUAUUCCAGUGGAUACGCAGGACGGUUCAUUUUAUCGCGCUGUGCUGUCGGUGCAUCAUGGCGAAUAUGAACUAGCUCAGACGUUGAUUGACGACACGAGGGAUCUUUUGGACACGGAGUUGACCGCAAUGGCAGGCGAAUCAUAUGAACGGGCCUAUGGAGCAAUGGUUUGUGUGCAGAUGCUUUCGGAGCUCGAAGAAGUCAUACAGUACAAGCUUAUUCCUGAACGACAAGCCACCAUCAAAGCAAUGUGGUGGGAUCGUUUGCUCGGAGGUCAACGUCUAGUUGAGGACUGGCAAAGGAUCUUGCAGGUGCAUUCUCUAGUUGUGCACCCAGGCGAUGACGUCAAAACGUGGCUAAAAUUCGCUUCUCUGUGCCGUAAGAGCGAUUCAUUGAAACUUUCCGAGAAAACCAUUCUCAUGUUGCUGCAAUACAAUUCUCCAGAAUAUCCGGAUAAUCCAAUGUACAUUUCGAAACCGGAUAUCAGUUUUGCCUAUGCUAAACAUCUGUGGGCAGCAGGCGAACAAGAAAAAGCUUACAAUCAAUUAAACCGAUUGGUUUCCGACUUGGGCAUUGAUGGAAAUUUUGAAGCUGAAGAAAAAGACGAAAACAGACGCCUUCUGGCGCGUUGCUAUAUGAAGCUGGGGCAAUGGCAGAACCAACUUCAAGGCCUCAACGAACAAUCCAUCAAAGGAAUUUUGGCCUGUUACGAAAAGGCUACCAAGCAUGACUCUAAUUGGUACAAGGCUUGGCACCUGUGGGCCUACAUGAAUUUUGAGGUGGUUCAGAACCAGAAGCAACAGGAGGACCUUAUCAAAAAUCCCGGUGGAGACAAGGAAAAGUGUAUGAUUCGGCAAUAUGCAGUGCCGGCGGUUGAAGGUUUCUUCCGCUCAAUCAACCUGUCGCAUGGAAACUCACUACAAGACACGCUCCGUUUGCUAACACUCUGGUUCGAAUACGGACAGUAUCCGAAAGUGUAUGAAGCCCUCGUAGAGGGUAUGCGCGUUAUCGAGAUCAACACAUGGUUGCAGGUGAUUCCGCAGCUAAUUGCCCGUAUUGACACUCCUCGCAAUCUGGUUGGACAAUUAAUUCAUCAACUGCUCAAUGAUAUCGGAAAGUGUCACCCGCAGGCCCUCGUCUAUCCGCUGACAGUUGCUUCUAACUCGGCAUCCAGUGCACGUCGGCAGGCCGCUCACAAAAUUCUCGGUUCCAUGGGCGAACAUUCGUCCAAUCUGGUCAACCAGGCGAUCAUGUGCAGCGAGGAGCUGAUUCGAGUUGCCAUCCUGUGGCAUGAACAGUGGCACGAGGGCCUGGAGGAAGCAUCUCGUUUGUAUUUCGGCGAUCGCAAUAUCAAAGGUAUGUUCGAAACUUUGGAACCACUUCACCAAAUGCUCCAAAGAGGACCACAAACGCUGAAGGAAACUUCGUUCAACCAAGCCUAUGGUAGGGAUCUUAACGAAGCGCAGGAGUGGUGCAAACACUAUAAGAACUCCGGCAACAUACGCGAUCUGAACCAAGCAUGGGAUCUGUAUUAUCACGUGUUCCGUCGAAUUUCUCGACAACUGCCGCAGCUCACCUCGCUCGAGCUGCAAUAUGUCAGUCCGAAAUUGUUGGCCUGUCGCGACCAGGAACUGGCCGUACCGGGAAGCUAUGCCCCCGGUCAGGAGCUGAUUCGCAUUGCUAGCAUCCAAUCGAACCUCCAGGUGAUCACUUCGAAGCAGAGGCCUCGGAAACUUUGCAUCCGUGGCUCCAAUGGAAAGGAGUACAUGUUCUUGUUGAAGGGUCACGAAGAUUUGCGCCAAGACGAACGCGUGAUGCAGCUCUUCGGAUUGGUUAACACCUUACUGUUGAACGAUCCGGACACGUUCAGGAGAAACCUAACGAUUCAACGCUACGCAGUCAUUCCAUUGAGUACGAACUCCGGUUUGAUUGGGUGGGUGCCACACUGUGAUACGCUGCACACGCUAAUUCGGGACUAUCGUGACAAGAAAAAGACCAUGUUGAAUAUCGAACACAGGAUUAUGCUACGGAUGGCGCCUGAUUACGACCAUCUGACGUUAAUGCAAAAGGUCGAGGUCUUUGAGUAUGCGUUGGAUCUCACCAAAGGAGACGAUCUGGCCAAGUUGCUGUGGUUGAAGAGCCCCUCGUCGGAGGUUUGGUUUGAUCGAAGAACUAACUAUACCCGGUCAUUGGCGGUCAUGUCGAUGGUUGGUUACAUCCUGGGGCUUGGUGACAGGCAUCCGUCAAAUUUGAUGUUGGAUCGCUUGAGUGGUAAAAUUUUGCACAUCGAUUUUGGCGAUUGUUUUGAGGUUGCAAUGACUCGGGAAAAAUUCCCAGAAAAGAUUCCGUUCCGCUUGACGCGUAUGCUAAUCAAUGCGAUGGAAGUAACUGGCAUAGAAGGAACAUACCGUCGGACCUGUGAAAGCGUAAUGCAUGUGCUUCGACGUAACAAAGAUAGCUUAAUGGCCGUGUUGGAAGCUUUUGUGUACGAUCCAUUGCUAAACUGGCGUUUGUUGGAUGCGGAUAAGAACCGUCGAUCAAAAAAUGCCACUGACGUUGACAGCAUAGCGGAGAGCAUGGAGGAGACGCUAGAUCUUCUGGCUAUUAAUGCCAGAAAUUUGAGAAUGAAUGAGGCUAAUGCAAAUGGCGCUGGCGAUGUGGUAGACCAGGGAAGCAACUGUAUCGCAAAUCCAGCAGAAGCUACCAACAACAAAGCCCGGGCUAUUGUUGAUCGAGUGAAGCAGAAACUUACUGGAAAAGAUUUCAACACGGUUGAGCCGGUUCAAAGCCAGAUCGAUCUACUGAUUCGACAGGCGACGAACAAUGAGAACCUCUGCCAGUGCUACAUCGGGUGGUGUCCUUUCUGGUAGAAGCAAAGAGUCUUAUUCGUCGGCUAGUCGCUCUGCAAUACUAAUUGUAAAUAUAAUGCUGUUUACUUUUCUGCCGAACAUGGUGCCUAUAUGUGGGAAUUAUUAUUUUUAAGGUAUUAGGAAUAUUUGGAACUUUAUCAUAUUGAUGGAAAUAUGAAUUUGUGUCAAACGUGACAUAAUAACAAAUUCAAACAAAGUUUAAAUUUGGCCCCAGUAACUAAAUUGACAAUGACUGUAAACUGACAACACAAUACUAUGCAGGAGUCAUUUUAAACCCCUGGCACCAUGCCGCCUAAGCAGCCCACGACUGUGGAGGAUCAGCAGGCUCCGUUAACGGCCUGGCCAGUUAUUUCACCUCCUCCUGGGCCAUGCGUUACUUCGGCACGGGUCGGAGACCUUGGGAUUCGAGGUUAGGGAAGCCAUAUUGUCAGAUUCAGUAUUGAACGAAGAUCGAAGAUGUCGCCAUCUAUCCCUGCUUUCUAAGCUUGCCCUGUCUCGCUCAGUUCCGUUCACCAGCAUGCACUUUGUCUUUUAAAAAUCCACCGUCAGUUCAACUUUGGUUUGAUUGAAGAUUGAAGAUGUACAUUGUCUCCUACAGCCCGGUAUUUAUUUAGUCGAAGCAUUAGUAUCGCUGCAUUAUCAUUUGUCGAUUUCUCCAAAAACCUCAUCUCGUCUAUACCUAUUAAGAAGGGCAACAAAUAAGUCGAAAUAUCCAAAGUAAGUACGAUUAUAAAGCUUACCACUAAAGAUUGUAUUAUGCUUAUAAAUACGAUGAAAUAAAUACCCAAAUCUA